CCACAUUCCUUCCUACCGAGUGUUCAGCAAACAAUCGUGUUUGCCUCAGUCGAGUGUUGACUGUCUGCAAGUUAUUUCACAUAAUUACAUUGCAUCAUCAUUCUACAGCUGCUGGAAGUUGAAAAAGAUUUUCGAGAUUGAAAAUGGAUAUCCGUUUUGAAGGUGUCACACUUCGGGAAGCUUUAGAGAUACUUGAAGGGGAUGACAUCGACGGCGAUCCAUCACAAGUCUUCAUUGAACCACCGGAUGCCAACAUACAAUCUGAUGCUGACUCUGGAGAAGAAGACGGUGGAGGGUACGUCAAUAACCUUUCCGGGAAGCAACUUUUGUCGAACGCAGAGAUUGUUUUCAACUCUCAACCAGAUAAGUCUACUCAAGAAAUUCCACCGAUUCCUUCAACAUCAACAGGUAAAUCGAAAGAAAAACGUAAAUCUGAUAAUACAAGACAAGGGACAAAUAAAAAACGAAAAACUCAAUCUAGGCCAAACAAAAAGAGUAGAAUAGAGCCAGUAUCUAUGUGGGAAGAAAAAGAUGAGAUGACAUUCAAUGGAAUAUUUCCAAAUCCAGACUACACUGAUUUGAGAGACAAGAAUUGCAUGCACUUUUUUGAAAAAUUUAUAGAUGAUGAGAUUAUUGAUCUUUUAGUAUUGGAGUCCAACAAGUAUGCACUUCAUUGUAAUCGUGCUGAUCCCAGAAUCAGUAGAGAAGAGAUGAGAGUUUUUUUAGGUAUUCUCUUAUUAUCAUCCUACGUCAGAGUGAGUGAUAAAAGGAUGUACUGGGAAGACCAGUCGGACACCCACAAUAUUAUUGUUGCAAACUCAAUGCGCCGUAAUAGAUUUUUGGAAAUAUCAAGAAAUUUGCAUUGUGCUGAUAACACAAAUUAUGAUCGCAAUGACAAAAUGUUCAAGCUUCGUCCAUUGAUUGAAAAGCUCAGAAUAAGAUUCAAGGAAGCCUUCCGGCCAGAGCCCACUCUUUCUUAUGAUGAAGCAAUGAUUGAAUACUUCGGCCCUCAUCCUUGUAAACAGUUUAUAAGAGGGAAACCCAUUCGUUUUGGUUAUAAAGUAUGGUGUCUGAAUACACCAAGUGGGUAUUUGGUCGAUUUUGAAAUUUACCAGGGGAAGAGUCCCAAUGGGAAUGAAGAGUACAUGGCCAAAUUUGGAAAAUGUGCUUCUCCACUAGUCAGUAUGUUAGAUGAGCUCCCAGAUGAAAAAAGAAACCUCCCAUAUAAAAUUUAUUUUGACAAUCUUUUCACUGGGAUACCAUUACUGGUUCAUCUGCAGUCUUGUGGCUAUGGUGCUACUGGCACAAUGCGAGAAAACCGUAUCCCAAAAGAUUGUCCAUUGGAAGCAAAAGCCUUACUGGUAAAAGAAAAACGUGGGACUUACAAGUUUGUCAAAGAUACAAACUUGAAUAUUCUUGUAUGUAAGUGGGUAGACAACUCUGUUGUGACUGUUUCCUCAACUUGCCAUGGAAUAACACCCUUGGACAAGAUCCAGAGGUACUGCACACAGGAGAAAAAGAGAAUUCCUGUAAACCGUCCUUGCCUCAUAAAGGAAUAUAAUGAGAAUAUGGGGGGAGCAGACAGGAUGGAUCAAAAUGUCUCCCACUGUCGUAUAAACGUAAGAGGGAAAAAGUGGUAUUGGAGCAUUCUGACCUGGUUGAUUGAUGUUGCAACUCACAAUGCUUGGCUUUUGAUGAAAAAGUCGGUUGCACAAGAUCUAACUCAAAUUGAGUUCAGAAGAACCCUGGUGCAGGUUUACUUGGGCAGAUAUGGGAUACCAUCUCAACAAGGACGGGCAAUAACUAGUGGUCCACGAGCUGAAUUGGAGCUACGUUAUGAUGAAACACGUCAUUAUGUGGCCAAUGUGAAGAAUGGAUUGCGAAGAAGGUGCGGUCUCGAAGAAUGCAAAUCAGUACCUCGUACAGAGUGCAUCAAAUGUGAUGUUGGGUUGUGUAUUGGAUGCUUCGUAAAAUAUCACACUAAACAGUAAUUUUUGACAUUUUUCAUCCAUUUUUUAUUUAUUAUUCUAUAUUUUUUUAUCACAGUAAACAAUAAUUUUUUUUUCAUUUUUGUAGAGUACCAUAAUAGACAAUAACAUUUUUCAAUUAUUUGUAUGUUGUUCAAUAAACUUUUCGUAGACAAAAAUGUGAGUUAUUGACUGAAAAGUCCCCUCUCAAACAAUAUUUGUUGUUCUUAUGAUGACUACUGAAUGAAUAAUAAUUGUAAAAAUGAAUAAAAGUUAGUAAUGACUCAUGAUAUUUAACUUGAAAUCUUCUGAAAAAAAUCUUUAUUGAAGAGAAUAUUAAGCUUAAAGA